UGUCAUUGUGAUUAGUUGGAAACCUCGACAAUUUUUUUUUACUUUUCUGUUUACAAAUUGUAAUUUUAAUUAAUAAAUUCUUCAAUUAAUCGAUUCGAAAAGAAGAAUAAUGUACAAUGGAAUUGGUUUACAAACCGCUCGUGGAAGCGGUACCAAUGGUUAUGUUCAACGUAAUCUUAGUUUUGUUCAUGUUGGAAAACCAAAAAUUGAUUAUAAAACCGAGGAAGAAAUUCGUCGAUUUGAAUCCGAAUAUAUAAAAGCACCAAAUGAAGAAAUACUUGAACAUCAUCGUAAACGUAAAAUUGAAGUACAAUGUUUAGAAUUGGAAGAAAAAUUAGAAAAGAAAGGGCUAACCGAAGAUCAGAUACAAAAACGUGUAGAUGAAUAUCGACAAGAAUUACAACAAAAAAUGAAAAAAGCCUUAGAAAAUCGAAAAGAAUUUAUUGAUGAAAUUCUUCAAAGUAAAGGUGUUAAAGAAACACAUCAAUUGGCCGAAAUGAAUCGUAAUCGUAAUGAUAAAUUAAAAUCAGCAUUAGGUAUUAGUGAUGAUUUUGUUGCCGGUUCAUCAAUGGAUAUUAUACGUAAAGCAAAAGAACAACAAGCUGCUAAAGAAGAAAUGUUAAAAGCUAAUAAAGAUUUUAUACAGGAUACUAUACGAAAACAACAAAAUGAAUCAAAUAAUAAUAAAAAUAUUCGUAAUGAAGAAAAAGAUGUUGUUAUUAAAACAAGUAAAAAGAAAAUUAAAAAAGAAUCAAGUUCAGAUGAUGAUGAUGAUUCAUCAUCGGAAAGUUCAUCAUCGUCGUCAUCAUCAUCAAGUAGCUCAGAAUCGAAUAGUUCAUCCGAUUCAUCUUCAGAAUCGGAUUCAGAAUCAGAAGAACCAAGUAGUACCGAUAGUAGUGAAUCAGAUAGUAAUAGUUCUAAAAGUAGAUCAUCAUAUGAUUCCUAUCGUAAAAAAUCUUUAUCAUCAAAACAUCGACAUCGAAGUCAACAAAAACAUUCACAUUCAUCAUCAACUAAUCGUCAUCAUUCCUUAACACGUAAAUCAAGAUCAAAAUCACCAAUUGGUGCUGAAAUCAAACAAAAAUCUUAUGAUGAUCAUCAUCAUCGUCGUCAUCAUCGCAGGAAUUCUUUAUCACCAAGAAAACAUUCUAAAUCACCACCGACAAAUGGCCGUCGUAAUGAUGGCGACAAAGAAAUUUCUCCCUAUCAAUCGUCAAAAAAUCGAAUAAAAUCGGUUGUUUCAUCAGGUCAUCAUCAUCAGCGAGUUAGUCGCCAUCGUCAAGAUGAUAAAAAUGAAAAAUCUCCAUCAUACCGUCAUCAUCAUCAUCAUCGAAGUAAAUAUUCAUCUAGAUCUAAAAGUCGCAGUCCAAUUCGUGCACGACGAUCACAUCAUUCGAAAUCACCACGAAAUCGUUCAUUAUCACCAUCAUCAUCAUCGUAUUCUGAAGACGAAAAAGAUGAUAAUAAAAAUCAUCGUCGCCAAAAUAAAAAUAAUCGAAAACGUCAACGUUCACGAUCCGCGUCGAUAUCUGAUUCGGUAUCUUCAAUGAGCAGUGAUAACAACAACAGUCCGACUAUCAGACGAUCAAAUAAAAAAAUGAAAAAAUAUUCACGAUCUCGUAGUCCAUCUAUACCAAGACGACAAGGUUCACCAAGUUUUCUUGAAAAACGACGUAUAACCAGUGCACGUAAACGACCAGUUCCUUAUCGACGUAAUGGAUCAUCAUCAUCAACAUUGGAAACAACGACCAAUAUCAAUAAGACAAAUGCUUCGAUUGGCAAUCUAAUUGGUGAUUUAUCACCACCGCUUCGUUAUCGUAAUUAGCAUAAUAAUAAUAAUAAUAACCAUAAUAAUACUCAUGCAUUUUUAUAUAAUUUUAUAAUUAUAAUAAUGAUGCUUAGAAUAUUUGAUUGUGUGUGU